CAUUAGGAAAACCAAUUAGAGAUGUUUUGCCCAAAAGAUUGUGUGACGUCGUUAUUCCAUAUUUAGAAGGAGUAAGAACGACUGGAAAAGGAAGCUUUAAAAAAGAUAAAUUUUUUGAAGCACAGCGUGUUGGAUAUACUGAAGAGUAUUAUCUUACCACUUCAUAUAGUCCAAUUUUCAAAUCAGAUGGUGCACUCUGUGGUAUAAUAAAUAUUACACAAGAAACUACUCAAAAUGUUUUAAAUACCAGAAGAUUAAAGAUACUGAACGAAUUUGGAAAGCGGAUUCCUGAAAUUAAAUCUUUAGAAAGUGCCUGUCAUAUUAUGACGGAUGUAUUAAGCAAUUGCAUAGAUAUUUCUUAUGCAUUAAUUUAUUUUGUCGAACACAAAUUAAAAACUAAUUUGGAAUCGUUGAUCGCCCGUCUAAUCUCCACGACCUUCAAUAAAGAUGAUGAAGAUAGAAGGCAUAUGAAUAAAAAUAGACAAAAGAA